GUCCUCCCCGCGGCCCCGGCCUGCCAUGGAUAUGAUGGAGCUCCUAGAGGAAGAUCUGACCUGUCCCAUUUGCUGUAGCCUGUUUGAUGAUCCUCGUGUCCUGCCCUGUUCACACAAUUUCUGCAGAAAGUGUCUGGAAGGAAUUCUUGAGGGAAAUGUGCGGAAUGUGCUUUGGAGGCCAUCCCCUUUCAAGUGCCCCACAUGCAGGAAGGAGACUCCUGUCACUGGAGUCAACAGCUUGCAGGUCAACUAUUCCCUGAAAGGUAUCGUGGAGAAGUACAACAAAAUUAAAGUGACUCCAAAAAUGCCUGUGUGCAAAGUGCACAGUGGGCAACCCCUUAAUAUUUUUUGCCGGACAGACAUGCAGCUGAUCUGUGGGGUUUGUGCCACCCGUGGUGACCACACAAAGCAUGUUUUCUGUUCCAUUGAAGAAGCUUAUUCCCAGGAGAAGCGGGCUUUUGAAACCUUGUUUCAGGGCUUUGAAACUUGGCGUUGUGGAGAUGCCCUCUCACGGCUGGAUACUUUAGAGACCAGUAAGAGAAAAGCUCUGCAGAUGCUCACAAAAGAUUCUGACAAAGUGAAGGAGUUCUUUGAGAAGCUGCAGCACACACUGGAGCAGAAGCGAAAUGAGAUUCUGUCUGACUUUGAGACCAUGAAGCUUGCAGUGAUGCAGGCCUAUGAUCCGGAAAUCAAUAAACUGAACACGAUUCUGCAGGAGCAGCGGAUGGCUUUUAACAUUGCAGAGGCCUUCAAAGAUGUGUCUGAACCCAUUAUAUUUCUGCAGCAGAUGCAGGAGUUCAGGGAAAAAAUCAAGGUGCUCAAAGAGACCCCUUUACCUUGUUCCACAGUGGACAUCAGUCCCACAAUGAAGAGCUUUGAUACCAGCCAGUGGAAUGGAAUAAAACUUGUUGAUGUGGACAAACUUUCCUUGCCUCAGGAAAGCAACACUUUUAAAUUCAAGAUUCCCUCAGUCUUUUCACGCAGAUUUAUAGUGAACUCCCUUAUUUUCUUGCUCAUUCUUGCUGUCACCAGAAUGUCCUUUGUGGAGUCGGUCAUUGACAAUCUCCAGUGCUGGAAAUCUCAGUUCCUUACAAUUAGCUUGUCCUAUUUGGCAGAUACCGUGGAGAUAGCAGAUCAUGCAGUCUUUUACUGGGAACAGAUGACAGAUGGAGCUUCACUUUUAAGAGAAAAGUGUAAAAACUAUACGUUGGUUGUACUGGAUAACGUCGCACAGUUUGUGUGCAAAUAUAAACUGUUGUGAAGUGUCUGCUGGAAUAUAAGAACUAAGAGAGAUCUGGGGAAGAAAACACGAAACUUCUUAAAUUAAUUGGUCUUUUCAGACUUCCAGUGAAAACAUACAAAGAUUCAAAAUUAUUCCAAAACAUUCCUAAUGUUCACAUAGUUUGAGCACUGCUAAACCAGAAAAUGAAAUGGAGCUUUGAAAAACACUUUGUAGAUUCUUCUUUCAGUGGCAAUUAUGGGAAUAUUACUCACUGUAAAUCAUUUUUCUUAUCAAACUAUAGAGCAAAACUAUCUUUAAUUUGAUGUUGAUGUAACUGUAGAAUAAGAUAAAAAGAUUGUAGUUUAAAAAAAA